AUCAAAAUACUGCAGUCUUCGGUGAUGGAGAACGAAAUUUAUUCAUUUUAACUGAAGAUGCAGAUAACAGACGUCUGGUCGUCGGGACGAAGUGUUGGUCCAGCGUGGUCGUGCUGCGAGCAGUCUCCGCGGGAUCUGCCCGCGCGGUGGUGAAGUCUGACGCCGCGCCACGGAAGGAGUUGAGUUGACCUUCGACCCGGCCGACCUCCGACGUCCACUCCUGCAGACCUUUGACGCGACGGUGGCUGGGACGUCGUCACGGGAACUGAAGACGUUGACACCUCGGAAUCACCGAAAUCAUGGUGUUCAAAUCCAGGACGUGGUUGAAAAUAUCAGCAUGUCUCGGCGUAUUUCUAAUUCUCCUGGGAGCCGUCACUAUGGUGUUCGUGAAUGACAUCUACAGUCUCAUAAUCAAUGAGACCAUGGUCGUCUCGCCCGACUGCGUGCGCUACGAGCCCUGGCGGAAGUCCCAGUACCCGCUGACCUUCAGGGUGUACCUGUUCAACUGGACCAACCCGGAGGAGUACCCGGGCGGGGGCAGACCGAGGGUCGUCGAGACGGGCCCGUACACCUACAGUGAAUACGACGAGAAGGUGGAUCUGCAAUGGCAUAAGAACAACACAGUCAGCUACCGGCAGUCCAAGCUGUGGUAUUUCGACCCUGGGCGGUCUAAUGGUUCUCUGGACGACCCCAUCACCACCGCUGACAUAGUUUCGUUGACGGCAGCGACCCUGGCUGAGAAGAGUUCCUACGUGUUCCAACGGGUGGUCUCCGUGUGGUGCACGCUCUCGUCCACGCACACGGUCGACGAGCUGCUCUUCGCUGGGCACAGGCACUUCCUGCUCAGAAUCACCUCGUCCACCUCGUUCCUCAGCGGCGGGAGCACCUUCCCCUACACCAAGUUCGGCUUCUUCUACAUGGCAAAUGGCUCGUCGCAAGCGGAGGGCGUGUUCAACAUGGCGACUGGCGCGGGCAACGUGUCGGAGGCGGGGCUGCUGAAGCGCUGGAACCACUCUAACCGCACGGGCUACUUCCCUGGCCGCUGCGGCCAGGUGCUUGGCUCCGGGGGGGAGAUGUGGCCUCCCUGGAGGACCAAGAACGACACCCUCUGGCUGUUCUCCAAAGGCCUCUGCACCUCGCUGUCCUUGGGGUUUGAGGAAGAGGCGCUCGUGGAGGGCAUCGCCGGCUACCGCUACGUGCCGGACCGCGGCAACUUCGACCGGGGCGGCUGCUACUGCCACGAGGGCAGGCCCUGUCCGGGCCCGGGAGUGCUCGACAUGGCCGCCUGCAUGUUCGGCAGCCCCAUGUACCUGAGCUUCCCGCACUUCCUGGGCGCCGACCCAGCGCUGGCGCGCGCCGUGGACGGCGUGAGGCCCGACCCGCGCAGGCACCGCUUCUCCGUCACCAUCGAGCCGACGACCGGCAUCCCGCUAGAGAUCCUGGGCAGGACGCAGUUCAACGUGAUGCUGGAGGCCAAACCAAACAUUCGGACGCUCAAGAGCCUGCCGACGACCUUGCUGCCCGUCAUGUGGGUGGAGGUGGCGUGGCGCCUGGACGCCGGCAAGGCGGCCGAGCUGAGGCUGCUGGUGUCCCUGGGACGCACCCUGCGCGCCUGCUGCCUGGCGCUGCUGGGCCUCGGUGCCAUCGCCGUCGCCGCAUCCGUGCUGCUCUUGGCACGCCGCCCCCGACGCCCAGAUACACCUGAAGAAUUAAACAAAAAAACCAAAAAGGAGAAUAAUAACCAAGUACGUUACAAAGUUCCAAAGAAACUUAAUAUCAGACCAUGUGAAUCUGAAAGCAGUGUGGAGCCAGUUGGCAACAAAUGCCGAUGAGACGGUCAACUGACAUUUAUCCAAAGCACCGGUGUUUGAGUGCUUCACAACGGCAGACAAGUACAGCAUGGCAAACCGCGAGCAGCAACCUUUAAAGAAACUAUGUGUCCAACCACUUUGGUUAGUAUGCGGAAAUGCGCUUUGGCACGUCUGUCGUAUGCAACUCAUGUACUUACAUGUGAGAAUGAUGUGGCAAAGUGAGAUAAGCCAGCCUGAACAGCUCUAGUCAUAUACACCAGUGGUCCCUAAAAGGUGUUCCAUGGAACCCCGGUCAUCAGGGGUCUUUAACACUACAGUAUAACAAAUAUACAAUAUAAUAAAUCUGGUUUGAACGUUUACAAUUACUGUCAAAUAACUUUCUUUGAAGGAGUUGGGGUUCCGCCAAAAGAAGAAAAAAAUUUGGCAACUGCUGAUCUACACUAUAGCUAGAUCACCUUGGCGGGACACAAGUGCUUUUUGACAAUGGACCCUAAAUAUAUAUAUAUUUUUUUUAAAGUGAUAAUACUGAUAAUUUAUGCUUUUGCAAAGCUUCAUCAGCAGUUCAUAGGCUCCUGUAAGCAUAUUGUAGAGCUAAUAGUAAAAAUCUUGGAAUUAAACAGUACUCAUAAAAUGGCUUAGGAAUCAAAAAUUGAAGCUGGUUAAAUCCUUGCAGUGAAAUUUAAAAUUUGUAUCAAUUUAUUUUGAAAGGGAAAUUGAAAAAUAAUUUGUAAUACUGCCAAUAACAUUUUUUAUAUAUAUAUAUAUAUAUAUAUAUAUAUAUAUAUAUAUAUAUAUAUAUAUAUAUAAGCAAGUAUUUUUUAUUAAAGACUUUCAAUUCGCCAGCAUUUUCAAGAUUUAAAAGUUUGGUAAAUAAAUGGGGGGAUUGGUUUACCAUGAUUUUGGUAAAAUAAUCAGUAUUUAUUCAUUAAAUAAUUUAUGCAGUCAUGGAAAAUCUUUUCAAUAAAUCAUGGUCCUCAGUUGACAUUAAUUAGAUAUAUUUAAGUGAAAGGUCUACAUUAUUCCAAGAUCGGUUAUAGCAAGCUUCCUCUGUACUUUAAAUUAAAUAACAUAAUUCAGAUGAUAAUAAUACUACAAAUUAUGUGAAAUAGCUCAAUUUAUAUCAAGUAUGUUAUUAAAUAAAUUUUGAGUAUUAUAUCCCAAAAGAAACAGCACCAGCACAAAAUAGUUGAUGUUUUGGGGCUUUCAGGUGCCAGAUAUUAGGUACACUACAUAUUUUAUAAGAUGUAUACCGUUAUAUGUAACUGUUAAUAAACAUAUUGAUAUUUUGUAAUUGUAAA